AUGGCUCAAGAAGAUUAUCACCUAGACAUGAACAGAGAGGUUGUGGAUUUUACUUACACUUUACCAGAACAAAUGAUGCAACAAAAAGCUCAAGAUACUCCUCAUAUUCAUGUCACAAGUGAUAGACAAGUUCGAAACUUGGUCGAGAUAUGUAAAACCCAUGAUGUACGUCUUUGUGUAUCAAGUCGAGGCAGAAUGACGAUUGUUAGUGAUGCCACUAAAGUCGCAGAUGAGGAGGGAGAUGCUAAUGAAGUCUCAGAUAAGGGAGAAGAAGAAUAUUAUGAAGAUGGGGAUGAAGUUUCGGGUGAAGAGGAGGAGGAUGCUUAUGUCCCUAAUAUAGCAGAAGUAGAUGAGGAUGACUUUGAAAAUUACAGUGUCUAUGGAAAAGUGAAAGAUGAGGAUGAUAAUGAAGUAAAGGCAGAUGAUAUAAGUUUUGAGGGUUUCAAAACGCCAUAUGCUAGUGGAGGAGGCAGCUCGAAUAUGGCAUUUUCUGACAAUAUCUACGUCAACCAGAUUGUGGCAAAAUGUCGUGUUGCUGGGUGUGGAUGGAAGCUUAGAGCGGGUGUGAAACAUGGAUCAAAAACGUUUUGGGUAACCAAGUAUCUGAAAACUCACAUAUGUUCGGUGUCUGAUCGAGUGUCUCAAUGGAAACAUUCUACUCCAAAGUAUGUUGCUAAGCUUUGGAUAGAUCGCGUUGGAAUCAUUGAUGUGCAAAAUCCGAAGCAUAUCAAAGAUGCAAUGAAGAACAUGUGUGGAAUGGAGCUAGACUACACCACUUUAUACAGAGCAUUGUUAUAUGCCCAAGAAAUGGUAAGAGGAUCAGCAGAAGAUGGGUAUGAGCGGCUGCCUUCAUAUCAGGAGCAAAUCAAGAUAGCAAAUCCGGGUACUAUCACUAGUAUAGAACUUGGUGAUAAAGAUAGAUUUAAGUAUCUGUUUCUAGCUUUUGGAGCAUCUAUUACUGGUUUUCAAUAUCAGCGAAGGGUCAUCGUGGUUGAUGGGACUCACCUAAGUGGAAAGUAUGGAGGUGUUCUGCUAUUUGCAGAUGCACAAGAUGGAAAUUUUCAGAUAUUUCACUUGGCUUUUGCAAUUGUAGAUGCUGAAAGACUCUUGGGAAUGGUUCUUCACACAAUUGAGCAGGUGUAUAUCUGA